AUGGGAUAUUUCAUCCGCAGCUUCCUGACUGAACGUAAAGCUAGGGUCUACAUCGAUGGGAAGCUAUCAUCCCCCCACACCAUAGCAAACGGUGUGCCCCAAGGCUCUGUUUUGGCCCCAACGCUGUUUCUUAUUGGGAUGCAAUCACUUUUUGACGUAGUUCCAGAGGACGUCAAUGUUCUGGCCUAUGCCGACGACAUAACCCUGAUAUCCGUGUCCCCCUACUCAGUACUAUCCAGAAAGCAACUACAAAUAGCCGUAAAUAGAGUAGACAACUGGGCACCUUCCAUGGGUUUUAUCUUCGCUCCAGAAAAGUCAAAGCUCAUGCAUCUUAGUAGCAGGAAGAAGAAGCUGAACAAACUUCCCCCACUUAUAAUGGGCAAUAAAGUUAUCCCCAUAGUCCACUCAUCCCGCAUUCUUGGGGUCUUAGUGGAUGACAAACUCAAAUUCAUCAACCAUGCAAACCAAGUUCGGAAAUCAGCUUCACUCAAACUCAACAUCCUUAAAAAGUUAUGUAGCGCCCGGGGCGCCGGUUCCCGCUCUUCACUGUUCCGAUUCCUUCAUGGAUGGCUGAUGCCUGCCAUGCUCCACGGACUGGGCCUAUUUAGUCGCGGUGGCGACCGCAUUAACGAGAAAUUGGAGCCACUAUACAACCAAGCAGUUCGCAUCAUCGGCGGCGCCUUCCGGAGCAGCCCAAUCGUUUCUAUCAUGGCAGAAAGUGGACAGAUCCCUUUUGACUACGUGAUCGCAAGAAACCUUUCCAGCAAAACGAUCCGCUGGUUAUCCUACAACCGAAACCCCGAAGUACCUAUGGUUCAGCGUACCGAAAGCUACCUACAAAAGUAUGAAACAUCUAUUCCUGAAAUAUCAACCCGCCCUGAACCUAGACUUCGCAAAUUCAAUGCUCCUGUCCCAAAAGUCGAUCUUAGCUUGCUCUCCGCGGUACGAGCCGGAGGGAGCUCAACUGUUGCUCUGGCCAACUAUCUCCAACUCGUUAGUCGAAAAUACCAAAGCAUACCCAAGUUCUUCACCGAUGGUUCCAAGUCCACUGAUGGCCAGGUUGGAUGUGGCAUAUUCAGCACUACCGACAGUGUGGCCCUCUCUCUACCACCCAAAUGCUCCGUCUUCAGCUCUGAAGCUUUCGCCAUCCUAAAAGCAGCCCAGGACCUCUGCCCAUCUACCGGCGCAGUCAUCUUCUCCGACUCUGCAAGCGUGCUGAGAGCUGUCCAGGCAGCCAACACAAAACACCCAUGGAUCAUUGCACUUUCCAACAUUGCAGCGACGAAAAAAAUUACUCUGUGCUGGAUUCCUGGUCACUCCGGGAUUCCCGGCAACGAGGCAGCAGAUCGAUUGGCUCUCAACGGUAGUCAGCUGGAACCCCCCAAUACGGCCAUCCCUCCCUCAGAUGCCUCCCACUGGCUUAAAAACCACCUGCUCCUCUCUUGGGCAAACACCUGGAACAACAUCACCGAAAACAAGCUGAGGGAGAUCAAAAACUGCACCUAUGCAUGGAGCGACCGGAAUUCCUUCUUUGAGCGGAGAGCCCUAACCCGAAUACGCAUAGGACACACAAGAUUGACCCAUGGCUAUCUUAUGGGUAAAGAGGACCCUCCCAUCUGCCCCGCUUGCAGCGUAGUCAUCACCAUCAAACAUAUCCUCACGCAAUGCCCUAUACACCAGCAAGCCCGCCUUGACUGCGACCUAGCCGACAACCUUCGACAGAUCCUGUCGAACGAUCCUGAAGAAGAGGAAAAGGUCCUCUCAUUCCUCCGGAGCAGCAGCAUUUACGAGGAAAUAUAA